AUGGCUUUCCCUGCCAAGUCUGAGGUCGGACAAAGCAUGGGCUUAAAGACCGAUGGCGGGGACGAUAUUCUCAGAAACACCCGCGACAUGGAAACACACACAGGAGCUCGCCUGUGUAAAUACCUCGCUCAGUUCAAAGCCCUUGCGGCAAACGCCAUUGACAACCUUCAUGCUGCUGUUCAAACCAUCAAAGCAUAUGAGAACCAGUUCUCACCUCCGCAAACCCCCUCUUUAAAGCCUCCACAUGAACCGGUCCGCCAUCGACAGCAUAUCGCCGAUCAGUUGAUGCACCUCGAGUGGUAUCUUUCAGACACAAUCAAAGAGUUCCGAGAUGAAUUUGACGAUGAAGUGGGGGCACAAGAGGAAGAUAGCGAUGGGAACGGCAGUAACGAUAAGGAUAGGGACGCUAGCGACAGCGACCAUCAGGCGAGCGAUGAGGACGACGGCAAUGCUGAGGACAGCGAAGAGCAGGCUGGCAACUCCGAGGACAGCAAUAAGCAGAACAGCAAUAGGGAUGAUACAAAGAACAGCGUUCGUGAUAAUGCACAACCUGCAUUGAAGCACGCUGCAAUUCCUUUGAAAGAUGUCUAUGGAGACGGCGAGCGUACAUAUUCGAUCCCGAUCUCCGGUAAGAGGGAGGUAUCAACGAUGCUAAGGACAGACCAGGUCAAUGACUGCCAGGCACCCUAG